AAAAAGAAAUGCUUUGAUUCAAAGGGCCCAGGCUUGGAGGAAAAGGGUGAAGUCAAGAACUUUUCAGGCGUUUGAUGGGCGACGACAGGUCGCUAGUGGUAAUGGGGAACAGGGAUAGAGAUCGUGAGCUGUUGAUUCCUGUUAGCGGAGAUCCCGCCGAUGGCACGGAUUCUAGGGCUACAGCGUCAGGCUCCGGUGCCAGCCACCACCACUCCGGCCGAGAGGCAUUUUAUAAAGUGUUCCAUAGCUGGGCUUCAAAAAAGUUCAUGACAGGAUGCGUGAUCUUAUUUCCAAUAGCUGUGACUUUCUUUAUCACCUGGUGGUUUAUUCAUUUUGUGGAUGGAUUCUUCUCUCCUAUAUAUGCUCAACUUGGUAUCAACAUUUUUGGACUUGGUUUCGUAACUUCCAUAGCAUUCAUCUUUUUGGUUGGAGUAUUCAUGUCAUCAUGGUUGGGAGCAUCUGUCCUAGGUCUUGGGGAGUGGUUUAUCAAGAGGAUGCCAUUUGUUCGUCACAUUUAUAAUGCAUCCAAGCAAAUUAGUGCCGCAAUAUCUCCUGAUCAGAACACACAAGCCUUCAAGGAAGUGGUCAUAUUGAGACACCCAAGGGUUGGUGAAUAUGCUUUUGGGUUCAUCACUUCCACGGUUACCCUUCAGACUGGUUCUGGUGAAGAGGAACUCUUUUGCGUGUAUGUUCCCACCAAUCAUCUCUAUAUUGGUGACACGUUUAUGGUUAACUCAUGCGAUGUAAUUCGACCCAAUCUAUCUGUCCGUGAAGGAAUUGAAAUUGUCGUAUCUGGUGGCAUGUCAAUGCCGCAAAUUCUCUCAACACUGGAACCACAAACAAGCAUCCGUCGAUAGAAAUAGGUAGAAACUGACCAUCUCGUAGCUAUAAUGCUUUUAAUCAAUACUCCAGUUUUCAUGAAUUUAGCUUCUGUUGGAUUGUUGGAGCUGCCAUAACUCCUUGUAUAGGCCAGGCAUGUGACUCAUGAAAUUGUAUAUUUUUUAGGUUUGUAUAAUAUGAUGGAUAAGGUUGAUGGCUGAUGUCAUUUUGAACAUUUUGAUGCCUUAUGUUUUUUUUUUUUCCU